UUGGCCGGGCGGGUCACAUGGGGCGGGGAGCUGCGGCCGCCACAGUAAACAUGGAGUCGAUCUUCCAUGAGCGGCAAGAAGGCUCAUUGUGUGCUCAGCAUUGUCUGAAUAAUUUGCUGCAGGGGGAAUAUUUUAGUCCUGUUGAAUUAUCCUCUAUUGCACAGCAGCUGGAUGAGGAAGAAAGGAUGAGAAUGGCAGAGGGAGGAGUAUCUAGUGAAGAAUACAGAACAUUUUUACAGCAGCCUUCUGUAAAUAUGGAUGACAGUGGAUUCUUCUCAAUUCAAGUUAUAAGCAAUGCCUUGAAAGUGUGGGGUUUAGAACUAAUCCUCUUCAACAGCCCAGAGUAUCAGAGACUUGGGAUCGACCCUAUAAAUGAAAAAUCAUUUAUUUGUAAUUAUAAGGAACACUGGUUUACAGUUCGAAAGUUAGGAAAACAGUGGUUUAACUUGAACUCUCUCUUGAUGGGUCCAGAACUAAUAUCAGAUACAUAUCUUGCACUUUUCUUGGCUCAAUUACAACAGGAAGGUUAUUCCAUAUUUGUAGUAAAAGGUGACCUGCCAGACUGUGAGGCUGAUCAGCUGCUGCAGAUGAUUCGGGUACAGCAGAUGCAGCGGCCAAAACUGAUUGGAGAAGAGGCAGCACAGUCAAGAGAUCACAGGCUAACCAGAAGUGAUGUGGACCAAGCAAUAGAAGUUAACCAUCCUUUUGAUGGAACGGGCAUGUUAGACGAAGAUGAAGAGAAUUUUCAGAGAGCCCUUGCUCUAAGUAGGCAGGAAAUUGAUAUGGAGGAUGAAGAAGCUGAUCUUCGCAGAGCCAUUCAGCUCAGCAUGCAAGGUAGCCGUCGCAGUGAGCUCUCAGGCUCAUUACCACAGAAUGUUCCUCAAUCGUCUCACAGCAGUCAGACAGACUCCCUUUCUUCAGAAGAACUGCGAAGGAGAAGACAAGCAUAUUUUGAAAAACAGCAACAGCAUCUACAGCAGCAAGAGCAGACCCCAAACCUACAGGACAAAGCAACUCUUAGCUCAAGCACUCCAGAACCUGGCACAGGAGGUGAUAUGAGUGAAGAAGACAUGCUACAAGCAGCCAUGAAUAUGUCUCUGGAGUCUGUCAGAAACCACUUGAAUUCAGAAGAGGAGAAAUAACAUCAUUUUUUCCCUCUUACUGUCAAAAUGCUAAGUCUCCAUUAAAAUUCUACUGUGUGAAUGUUGCACAAGCAGGGUUCAUUUCAGAGUUCUGGAAGCAGGAAUGAAAGAGGGGCUGCUGGAGGUCAGUUUAGAGAGGAUCUGCAAAUACAUAAAAAGAUUGCACUAAUGUAGAGAAUUGUAGCACUCCUAGUACAAAACAUCUACUCACAAGAGUAGUGGUGUUAAAGUUACUGGAACUAUUCAUGCAAAGUUAGACAAGUGUAGCAGAUGUAACUUAAACCUUUUAAAGUUUGCAUUAAAAAAGCAAGUUUAAAUUGUUGUGAAGAAUUCUAUAGAAGAUACAAAUGGUGCUGAACACAGCAUCAAAUUAUUUUCUUCAGUUCUAAUGGAAAAACAGAUACAAGUAAUAAGUUAUGCUCAUAAAUUCUUUUUAAUAGAUCACUCUAAAAUGGGGAGAAUAAUUAAAUUCCAUUCAUCUUAAAUAAUUUAUUUUGUGAUUGUUUAUUAUGGAUGACUUAACGUUAACUUUUUGAUCCUGCUGUCCACUUUUGAAAUGAUCCAUUCUGCAGGAGAAACAAUCGAUAAAUUUCAUACUUUUCAAUUCAAGACAAAAUUUUCAGUGUAUUGUUGACUGUAAUGUUACUCCUGAGUCUUUCAGUGAGUUCUGACUUUCUAACCAUUUUUGGUUUUACCUUCAGUUCCAAUUGUAAAAUUUUAGGUCCAUGUUUAACAUACUGUCUUUUAGCAGAUAACUUACCUUAUUUGGCUUGGGGUUUUAUUGUUCUUGUUUGUUUUUAAUUAUUGUUUUCUUAUGGUCUUUCUCAUUAAAGCCACUGUCUUUUUAUUACAAAAGCAGCAUAUACUGAAUUGGGUUGAACAGGUUUGCUUUUCUACCUCUUCCAGAGUCUUUUCCUCUUCAAGUUCAAUGCUUCAUUCUGGGCCUUUCAUUAUGAAAGAGCUGUAACUGAGUCUAGGAGAAAGUAGGAGGGGAUUUAGGUGCCAUAAAAUCAGUGCCACACACAUAAGGUGCAUUCCUGCAAUCUGAAAUGACCCCUGUGCAAAUAGCUCUUUUAAGAAUGAAUAUUUAUGCCUGUGUGGAUGUUCUUUCUGAAAUGCUUUCUAUGAGUGUCUGUCAGAAUGUUGCAGUUUUUUCAGGAAUGGCCUUUAUUCACGCACCUUACAGUUUUUUAUUAUAUUGUUUCUGAUCCUGAGAAAAAUUGGGAAACAAAGUAUGUGAGAUAGCUUAUGCUGUUGGUUGUAAGACAUUUGCUUUGAUAUCCAGGAUGAAUGUGUACCAGGGUGACCAAACCUAACUUUGAACUUCAGUGCAACAAAAGAGAGAUGUUUCAUUUUCCUAAAUGGUGCUUGAAAUACGAAUUCUGUUUACAUAUAAAUUAUAUGGAAAUAUGUUGUAGAUAAAGUAUAUAAGCUGUAGUCCAGUUAAAGCAUUAACAGUUACCACAGGCAUUCUAAGAAUCUUUCAAAGACAACCCAAAUUUCUUAAUCGAAAUAUUCUAAAGUUACAUCUUUUGCACAAUAGUAACAUUUAAUUAAAAUUAGUAGGAAAUGAAUGGUAGCUAGAUGGAAAUACACAUUCAGCAUCAAGUAGUACUGUACAUGAAAGGGCUCUUACCUCUCAGUAAAGAUUUGUUUACAGCAAUGGUUUCCUGAUAGCUUAGGAUAUUACAUUAUACAUAAUUGGGCUAAAUUCUGUUAUUCCUAUCGCUGUGCUGGAUUUUCACCAAUGUCACCAGAACUACUGGUAUGUGUUACACAAUAUGGAUUUUGACAUGGGACAGCACUACUUCUUAAAAAUUAUUUUUGUCUUUUUUACAUAAUCCUGUCAUGCACAGUAUAAUUACUUGCAAUGUCUCAAAUUAAUAUAGAUGAUUUUAAAAGUCCAUGUGUGCGUAUGCCAUUUUGAAAUGCUGUAUUUUACAGGGUGUGAUUUUCUGCUUUCAGUUUGAAAUUUCUAUGAAACUGAAAGCAAGAAAGGUGUCUAAAGCACUGAUUUUUUUUCUCUCAUCUGUCAAUUAACCACAGCUUAAUUUUCCUUUUUUUGGUUGUGCCAUAAACUAAUUCUGAAGUAAGACUCAUUUUUAUAAAUAGGUGUAGACUGGCAAUCUGAUGCCAGUACUUGGAACUCACAUCUUUUAUCUUUUCUUUUAAGAACAUAAUAAAAAUAUUAUUUCUAUAGCUCUAGUGGCCCUAUAUUAAAAACAAUCCAAAAAACAAACAACAUUCAGCCCCUUAAAUCUCACUGACUGUAACCCAGGCCAACUACAUUAUUUUAUUAGCACUAAAACAUGGAGAUUUGCUUUGAACUUUCAUGUCACAUCAUAAGUAAUUUCAUCACCCAAGUAUCUUAAUAUGGAAGGAAUGUAAAAUCUCAUUGCCUGAAAGGUGCAGCUGAGUCAGUGAUCACAGGGCCAACCCUUUCCCUUUCUGUGGAGAAACACUGUCACUCAACAAAUACCAGUUUGAUUUUUAGAGAAAUGUCAAGCUGAAUGAUGUAGGCAUAUCUAUCUAGUCAAGCAGUUACAAGAGAGCAAUUUAAGCUACAUCUGUUAAUUCAUGUAAUUCUGUUGCUGGGAAUGAUCUGCAAGAAACCAACCAUUAAUCCAUCCUAGUCCACCACUAAAUGUAAUGUUCCGAAGCACCACAGCUACACCUCUUUUAAACAGCUCCAGGGAGGGGACUCAACCACUUGCCUGGGCAGCCUGUUCCAAUGGUGGAUUGCCCUUUCAGGGAAGAAACACUUCCUGAUACCCAGCCUGAACCUCCCCUAAACAGGCCAUUUCCUUUCAUCUUGUCACUUGUUACCUGGGAGAUGAGGCUGACACCCACCACACUACAAUGUCCUUUCAGGACUUGUAGGGAGUGACAGGGUCUCUAUUUGAACUGUACCCAAGGCAAAGACUCAUGCUAAUUGCUGACAGUAUGUAUUUUAUAACCCAGGUCUCAAGUUCAAAAUGUCUGGACCUGCCAAGAAGUUGUCAAUAAAACACUGCUGUCAUUUUUUGGUGUGCAUUCUUUCAAUGAUAAACAGUUCUCAGUGUGGUUUAAGUGUGCUUCUAAUUUACUAAUUUAGAGAUACUGUGGUGUUAUCUACCCCAUCAAACUGAAGAGUUGGGUUUUUUCCCAUGUUACAGCUUUAGGCCAAAGUCCAUUGUAAGGGAGCAGUCAUUGACUUUUUUUUUUUUAAUUACAGAACUAUAUUUCAGGGAAUUUCAGACUUCAUUCAUUCAAUAGAUUGUUACUAUUUUCCGGUGAAUGGUCCAUGUGACAUAAAUUACUGUUUUCUGCCAGUAGAAAUCAAAGGAGCAGGGGCAGUGAGUGAUACAAUAAAUAUCUUCCAAAAUUACUUCUCUAAGUAUAAUUCUGCAAAAUGCUUUCAUGGUCUUACAGUGUGGGAAGGAAGAAGAGUUGUAAUGCAGUCAUGCUUGCAUGCAAUUCUUCUUAGGCACAGUAAGUGCAAACAUGAGCUGUUUAAAAGCUUACAUUUUUCUGUACCUGAAACUGAUAGGAUAUUGGCUUACUUUAACAUUUGGGCUUCCUCUGCCCUUCAACGAACUGCAGUAAAUUUAAGUGUAAUUUUCAGCUAAGGUACUAUUCCUACUUGUUGUACUUUAUUACUUGGCAGACUACUUGAAAACAAAUUUAAAUUUAUUAUGUGUUCUAAUGUUUGACUAUUACUUCUAUUACAAACUUACAGAAUGGUGGGGCAGGUUAAAAUGUUUACUGCAGGUGACUAGUAGACAAAUAUUAUCAUUUGCAAGCUGCUUUAUCUUAUUACAAAACUGACAGACUUAAAAAUGAAUAUGUUACAGUUCUAAAAUGUAAAAUUUUCUAGUAUUAAUUCAUUCAAAUAAAGAUGAAAACGUAAAAAUGGUGGCCUUUGUACUGAAAAAUACGGUAUAAGGAAAUAGGAUCAGAGAAGUAGAACUCAGACUUACAAAGAAGUAUUAUUUUGCAAUUUGCAUUACCAUUUACAUCACUUUUAGAAGGAACUGAAAUAAGAAUCCAAGGAAAAGAAAAACUGAUGUGGAAACUUCUUUAAAGGGCUUAGAUAGAAAAUUAUGUUGUUCACUUGGUAAGCCAUUACUACCUUGCAUAGAACAAAUUUAAGUCCUGGAAAAUCUUGAUAAUUAUUCAUAAAUCAUUACCAAAAAAAAGGAAAAUAUGUCCAACAUGUAAUAAAUACCUAUUCCAUACACACAAUCGCUUGUUCAAGUGAGAAUAAUAGUCAAUCCAUUCAAACUGUCUGGGUCCAAAUGUUUAGUUUUUCAUUUUAGAAUUGGUAGCUUUGUCUUCUAUCCAGGUUUUCAUCUUAAAAGCAUGAGCUCUUCUGCAAUAUUUUUUUUUUCAUUCACACAUUUUGCCUUAUUUGCAUUUCAGAGAUGGAGGGAACUGGAGUACUUAACCUGCCAUAGUCACCUCCUUCCCCAGUUACAGUUCUUCAAACAGUUAGUACAUGUGACUUUUCAGCUGCUUUCACCAAAUCAAAAUGUUUAUACAUUAUUUUCUGUGUUAAGAAAAAUAAUUAUACCUACACUUUUAAUCUGCCCCCCCCCCCCCAAUCCUUAGUACAGCCACUGUGUGAAUUCAGGAGGCACUUGUAAGAGUUUGAAAAAAGGGAUGUAAUAUUUAAAUGCCACUGUGCAAAAGCAAAAUGAAGAAAAAAUAAGAUAAAAAUCUUGAUCUAGUCUUUAAAGCAUGUCAGCUUUGAUAAAAUUUUAUUUUUUGCUACAUGAAACCCCUUGUGUGCAAAUCAGUGUAGAGUUAGGAUUUUGUAAGGGAAUUAUUUUUCAUCUCUUGCCUAAUAGUUGUGUAUUUUAGAAAUCAUUUCCAGUACGAUUUUUUUGUCAAGACUGUUUCAUAUCACAUCUUUGGCUCUGGAUUCCUGUAUAAUUUUGCCUAUUUUGUGUAUAUAAAGCAUAAAUACUGAAAAGAUUUAAAAAGGGAAAGCCGAAAUGCUUUGUCAUUGUUUUGACUGGAAAAUGGCAGCACUGUUUGAUAUUUUGAAAAUGCUCUCCAAAUAGGCAUGAAUAUAUAUGGUUGUAUUUGAUAUCACUUUUUAAAAUAAAUAUGAUUAUAGCUUCUAA